UUCAGACACACACAAACACGCACAUCAUCAUAGAUAUUCUUAAUAGCGCAAAAGUAGACAAAACUUGGCUGUCUUUCUGUGCUUAUAAACUCAGUCAAGGUGAUUGCUGCAGGAGGUGUGGUGACAUUUUAAGAGUUCUAACUAAGAGGAACAUUUCAGCAUGAUGAAGAUCGACUUUUUCCUGUUUUUACUUGCACUUUUUGAGGUGACUGCCUCCAACAGACAUUUCUCUCACAACCGAGAAAAGCGGGAUGCUGUUCUUAUUCGUUCAAAGAGAAGAUGGGUUCUGUCUACCAUUGAUCUUGAAGAGAACAUGUCUGGACCAUUUCCUGCUGAGUUGACACAGCUGUUCAAUGACAAAGAGGAAGACUACAACAUCAAGUUUCGUAUUAAAGGAGAAGGGGUGACAACAGGACAUGUGGGUUUAUUUAGCAUUGAUGAAAACUCUGGAAUUGUAUUCGUACACCGGCCCGUCGACAGAGAAGUGACCCCCAUCUUCCAUGUGGACUUUGAUGUUCUGGACAAGAAUACGGGUUUUGAGGUGGACAAAACGUUGUCAUUUAAUGUGGAAAUAAAAGACAAGAAUGACAAUAGACCUGAGUUCAGUCCAGGAACCAUCCGUGCAUCAUUUCCCGAGAACAUUGCUGAAGGCACACUCCCAGCAACAGUGCAGGCUCAUGACAACGAUCAGAAGGAUAAUCCUAACUCCCAGUUCACCAUGAGUGUGCUGUCACAAGAACCUGCCUUCCCAAAACUUUCCCUAAAGGCCAUGGGUGGGAGCACUAAAAUCCAACAGCUUGCCUUUACAGGAUGCUUUGAUUAUGAUAAAGCAAAACUAUAUAAAGUGCUAGUUGAAGCGAGGGAUCUAGGAAAACCUACAUUGUCUUCAACUGCAACUGUUUUUCUGGAUGUCACAGACUCCAACACCCAUAUGCCAAAAUUCAAUGCUUCCAAGUACAACGCUGAGGUGAUGGAAAUGGUAUUAAAGGAGAUCUUAAGAAUUGGCGUGAUAGACUUGGACACACCAAACACACCUGCUUCAAAAGCAGUGUUUACUAUCAUGAAGGGCAAUGAAGAGGGAAAUUACAAGAUUGUGACAGACCCCAAAACCAAUGAGGGUGUGCUGUCUGUUAUCAAGGGGAAGAAUUAUAUUAAGACUGAGAUCGUAGAACUGGAGAUAAAAGUUGAAAACGAGGAGAAAUUGUUUCAGUGUGUUGAUGGAAAACCGGUAACAGGCUCAACGGCAAUACCAAACACUGUUAAAGUGAAUGUGAAAGUCAUCGAUAUGAAUGACGCCCCUGUCUUUAAGAAGAGCACUGAAAUAGUUUACAGAACUGAAAACAUGGAUCCAGGAGAUGUGCUGUUCAUACCUGAGGUCAAAGAUGAGGACUCAGAUACAAACAAGCUCAGGUAUGAGUUAAUACAAGACACAGCCAAAUGGGUAACCAUUGACCCACACACAGGAAAGAUCACCACAAUUGCGAAACUGGAUCGGGAGUCUCCAUUUGUCAUAAAUGACACCUACACUCUUGUGAUGCAUGCAAUAGAUGAUGGACACCCCCCAGCUACAGGGACAUGCACCGUAGUGAUCUACCUGGGUGAUGUGAAUGAUAAUGCCCCAUUUCUCAUCUCCAAUAAAACGAUCAUGUGCAUGAACAAGAUAGACCGUGUCAAUAUUAUAACAGAAGACCGUGAUCAACCUCCAUAUGGGAAACCUUUCUCCUUCUAUCUGGGAGGGAAUGAUGAUCUGAAGAACCUCUGGAAACUGGAACCCACCACAGGAGACAACUCCUCUCUGAUAAGUUUGAAGAAUCUGCCAUUUGGAAACUACACAGUUCCCUUAAAGAUACAGGAUCAACAGGGGUCGGAAGUAGUGACAUCUAUGCAGGUGGUUGUCUGCGACUGUGCAGGAGGAAAUGUGUGUCGUGGACGCCUCCCUCACUUCUCCAAACUGGGACCUGCAGGCAUCGGCCUCCUGUUAGCCGGACUUCUUCUGCUGCCCUUACUUCUCCUGUUUUGUUUCCUGUGUGAAUGCGGAAGCAAAACCUUCCAACACAUCCCACUGAACCUGAAGGACGAGGGCAACCAAACCCUUGUCAAAUACAAUGAAGAGGGAGGCGGAUCAAUCUAUAAGCCUGAGCCCAUUUACCAUUUUGGUCAGAAGGAAGUCUCGAAAAUAGCAUCUGUUCCGCUUGAGCACAUUGUUACCGAUGGAAACAGGAAGGGUGAAAACAGUAUGAGAGUUCCCAGAGGGUAUGUUUCUCAGUUCUCAUUGGGGACGUACCAGGAAAUGUAUAACGGUGAAGGUGUGCACGGCAUGCCAAAUCGGAACAGGUCAAUGGCCCGAACCAACACAGUCAGGAGUGGAGUAAGCCAGAUGUCCCGCUCAUACAGUGUGGCUCGAUCAGAUAGGAACCUUGCAGGGCACAUUGACAGGAAAGUCUAUGGGCUUCCAGAAGAAGAGAGGGACUAUCCAGAAUAUUCGCCACGUCAAUAUGAUUACGAGGGGACAGGCAGUAAUUGUGAAUCAUUGGAUAAGCUGUCAGUUAGCAACUUUGGAGAAAACAUGGACUUCCUGCAGAACCUUGGGCCAAAGUUCAACACUCUGGGUGGGAUUUGUCAACAGCCAAUCCAGCACAAAAACGUGCGACUGUGAAGAUGGAUACUAAUUUGUGUCUAGUGGAAUUCUGCUUAAUAUUCUUCUAUUUUUAUAUUUUUUAUAGACUUCUAUUUCGCUUUUUCUCAUGCAAAUUAUAUUUUUAGGGAUACCAGGGAUUUUUUGAGGUCUGUUUUUGUUCGUUUAGACCGUAAUCUAAAGGAUAACAUUGCUGAAAAGGCAAUUAUGGAGACUGAAGUCUCCUAGAUUAGUUAAAAGACUAGUCUGUUAGGCUACUGGCCAUGCCUUGAAAUCUGGCAGCAUCAAACCUGUACAAGCAUAGAUCAAUUAUAGAUAUAAACUUUAAGUCUUAAGAACAAUAAGUAUCCAGUGCCAGGACUGGCAUUAAGGAAAUAUGGGAUUCACUGUGAUAGGUCAAUGUGUAAAAGAGCAUUGUGUUGGGUGCUUGAAAUGAAAAUAAUUUGUCCUGGAACUGUCGUCAGCUCAGCCAACAUGUGGUUUUAUCAACUUUGCUGUAUGCCUUUGCACUGCAGUAUCACUAGUGUAUUAAUGGGCAAUCUGUCUAGAACUUGGAUGUUCUUUUUGGCUCAAAUGUGCAUGUUAAAACAGAUGAUGACAGAUCAAAUGAGAAGCUAUUUCAUGGUGAAAUGCCAGGCAAAAUAGAUGGGUAUAAGACCAGUUGGUUCAUUCCUGUUAGGCUAUACAGUACCAUUGGAACUCUUACAUUUGAAAUUAAUGAAUAUGCUAUGAUUAUCAUAGCAUAUUCAUAAUUUUCAAAUGUAAAAGGGUAUACCAGACUUAUAAAAAUAUACUCUGCUCAAGUUCAGGCACUGAUUAUUUACACAAUGGCAAGAAAAUGAACAGGAUGUGCAAGAGCUGAAGCCAUUGUUCAUGAACAGACUUACAUGAGGAUCUAAACUCAAUUUGAAUAUUUAUGUAGAUAUAUUUUAAAUGGUUUGGUUUUAUUAUACAGAUUCUAAUACUACAACUAAUUCACAUAACACAACAGAAUUCCUACAAUCCAUUGCUAAAACCUACUGAUGUUUGUGUUGUUUUCACUUUUUGGAGGAUGAUGUCAGGAAAAAAUUAAUUGAUUACUAAUUAAAGCCCAAGAAGACUGACAUAGUUUUGUUCAUAAAUUGCCAGUUUUAGAAGUUGACACGAAAGAAGACGACAUGGGAAUUUAAAAUGUAAAAGACAUUUAGAAGGAGACAUGGGAAAAAUUGCAGCCUAAGUUUAAACAAAGAAGUGAAAUUAUAUCAAAUUCACACCAUCGUAAUAAAAGAAACCUAAUAUGAUAUUUGUGACAUUUAAUUUUAUGAUGAGUUUGACAUUAUAUCCAAUAUAUUAAGACAUACUGUAUAUAUGAUGGGCACAUGGAAAUGAACUGCAUAACAGGAAUGACCCAAUUAAUCACAUCAUUUGAUAAAAGACCAAACACAAACUAAAUAAGACAAUCUGCACCAUUAAUAAUUUUUUACUGUGUGUGUGUGUGUGUGUGUGUGUGUGUGUGUGUGUGUGUGUGUGUGUGUGUGUGUGUGUGUGUGUGUGUGUGUGUGUGUGUGUGGUGCAUGAUGCCAAUUGUUGUGUAAAUGUUUUCCAUUUUGCUCAUCUUUUUGAAAAUAUAUUUUGUAUUACUUAAAGGGAUAGUAUUGUUCACCUAAAAAUGAGAACUCUGUCAUCAUUUACUCACCAUCAUGUUGUUCCAUUGUUUAAUCCAAAAUUGGUUUCGGCCAAGAACUUAUCAGGUCUUGAUGGUUAUGGUGUACAGCAGGGGUGCCCAAUACGUCGAUCGCGAUCUACCAGUCGAUCGCAAAGGCAAUGCUGGUAGAUCGCACAAAAUUUAAAUGUAAUUUCGUUACAUUUUAAUACAAAUAAAUAUAAUGUCUUUCCUUCUUUUAGUUUCUGUUUGACUUGCACUUGACGAGUAAAUAUUGACCAGGCCAGGUUUUGUUUAUUCAGUUGCCAUGACAACUAGGUUUGCGCAUACGCGCCAUCCAAGGACUUCUGAGAAUAGAGCGCGAAAUUGUCUGAUUCCAUUCAGUUUUGCCUAAUCCGGGCAGUAGCAUCGCAAUUUCGCUCUCUGUUCUCAGAAGUCCUUGGAAGGCGCGUAUGCGCAAACCUAGUUGUCAUGGCAACUGAAUAAACAAAACCUGGCCUGGUCAAUAUUUACUCGUCAUCAGAAUAAGGUAAAUGCCCUGGCUAUUGCAAUCUAUUGUGCUGUAGGUGUUUUGGGUUUAGUUAUAAAACUGAAUGAUAUCAACAAUGAACAUUAUUAUAUAUUUUUUUAUUAAUUAGAAGAUCAAUUCCAUGUAGGGAAACAUGCAGUAGUCCCAACAAGCAUUUUCUAAUUUUAAAUGAAACUGUGUUUUUUUAGUUGGUAGAUCUUAUUGAGUUGGUCAUUUAAAAGUAGAUCAUCACACAAAAAAGUGUGGGCACCCCUGCUGUACAGGGUUCUGAGGGCUUGUGGCAUUGUCUGCAAUUAUUUGUUUUCUUUGAGAUUAAAAACAUCACUUCUAAAAUGUAGGCUAUGUUUGCUUUUAACAUUAUCUGCUUUUAUUGGAUGAAUGAAUAGGCUAUCAAAUACAGCACAUUUAAUUAAUAUCCUAAAUAAUUUAAUGAUGUUGAAUAAAUUGUGAAACCGUUUAUUGUUUGCAUUUAAUCUU